AUGUCGACCCGCCCCUUCAACCCACUGCCUGCAUGUCCGCACCCCAUUCAGUGGGAUGUAUCAGGACGUAUCACGGAGCUACAGACCAUGAUUGAUGAUCCUACCACAAGUGAGCCCCAGAAAAAAAACCUCCAAACUGCUAUCAACCUGUAUCGUGAAAAUAAACUCCCAGGACCAUUCAAAUGGAUCCAGGAUGGCAAAGUUGUUCCCCAUAAGAAUAUUGAUUUCAAGCGACCAUAUUGGGUCGAGGUACUUUUCUUCACAUCCAUUCUCGCAAAACGAUUCUGUGCUUACUCUUAUAGGGUUAUGGCCAGCAGCUAUCCUCACAGGCUAUGGUUCCGAGCCAGGCUUCUCAGCCUAUGUCUGAGAGCGUACGCAUUUCUGUCUAGUACAUUCUUGCAGAUAUUUGCACGAGUUAGGCCAGUUCCGGGUCUCUUAUCUCCUGCUAUCUCGAUCGAUGUCACAAUACUCAACGAUACUGGAAGUAAUACCUUGACAGUCUUUGAUACGGAUAUAACAGCCUUGGGCAUCCCUCCAACCUACAUGGGAUAUGGCGCUGAUGUCCUAAUAACAACGGCUGGUGGAACACUCAGGCGACGGCAAAUCUCCGUUGAGAUACAGCUACUGGAUUUGCAAGGCAAUGCUGUGUCUGACUGGAUUUUAGAGGCAGGUAUUGUCACACCAGCAACUGCUGGUGCCACUAGACUCUCUGGUGAUGGCAUCAGACAAUCUCUUUACUUCGCAACUGCGCCAGGAAACCAGCAUCUGUAUGUUGCUGAGAAGAAGAAUGGCAUUAUUAAACAGCUUCCAGUCAUUUAG